GCGCGGGCGGGCGGGGUCCGACGGUUUGAACGAGACGAAGACGGAACCGGAGCCGGGCGCGCGGACAGCGGACGCGAGUCCUGUGAGAGCCGGUGAGGCGGCUGGCGGGCCCGGGAGGCGGCAGCAGUCCGGAAUUCACGGGAGGCGGCUCCUCGUGAGCGAAGAUGGCAGUGAAUGUGUACUCGACGUCAGUCACCAGUGAUAACCUAAGUCGACAUGACAUGCUGGCGUGGAUCAACGAAUCUCUGCAGUUAAAUCUGACAAAGAUAGAACAGUUGUGUUCAGGGGCUGCAUACUGUCAGUUUAUGGACAUGCUCUUCCCUGGCUCCAUUGCCUUGAAGAAAGUGAAAUUCCAAGCUAAGCUAGAACAUGAAUAUAUCCAGAACUUCAAAAUACUACAAGCAGGCUUCAAGAGGAUGGGUGUUGACAAAAUAAUUCCUGUGGAUAAAUUAGUAAAAGGAAAAUUUCAGGACAAUUUUGAAUUCGUUCAAUGGUUCAAGAAGUUUUUUGAUGCAAAUUAUGAUGGAAAAGAGUAUGAUCCUGUAGCUGCCAGACAAGGUCAAGAAACUGCAGUGGCUCCUUCUCUUGUCGCUCCAGCUUUGAGUAAACCGAAGAAACCUCUCGGCUCCGGUAGUGCAGCCCCACAGAGACCCAUUGCAACACAGAGGACUACUGCAGCUCCUAAGGCUGGCCCCGGGAUGGUGCGAAAGAAUCCUGGUGUGGGCAAUGGAGAUGACGAAGCAGCUGAGCUGAUGCAGCAGGUCAAAGUAUUGAAGCUUACUGUUGAAGACUUGGAGAAGGAGAGAGACUUCUACUUCGGAAAGCUAAGGAACAUUGAACUGAUUUGCCAGGAGAAUGAGGGGGAAAAUGACCCUGUACUUCAGAGGAUUGUAGAUAUUCUUUAUGCCACAGAUGAAGGCUUUGUGAUACCUGAUGAAGGGGGCCCACAGGAGGAACAAGAAGAGUAUUAAGCAGCCUGGACCAGCAGAGCAACAUCCGAAGUCUUCACUCCAAAUCAUGUGCUUAACUGUUAAAUACUCCCUUUUAUUAAUCUUAGAGGAUUCACUGGUUUCUUUUCAUAAGCAAAAAGUACCUCUUCUUCAAAGUGCACUUUGCAGAAGUCUCACCUUUUCUGAUGAGUUUGAGUUAGGAGCUUUUGCCUUGUAGCAGAGCAGUAUUAACAUCUAGUUGGUUCGCCAGGGGAACAAGAGGCCAGCCAUGGGGCUCUUGAUGUGGAUGCUGAUCACACUGACUGACUAAUGGAGAAGGGGGUUUAUGAUACAAGAGGUGACAACCUCAGAAGUGUAAAGACUGAAUUGAAUUCUAAUCUAAUGUGAAAUUCUGGCAGAGAACGUUUUAAUAAAUAAAUGCCUUAAGAGUAUUUAAAAUAUGCUUCCAUAUUUCAACAUAGAAAGUAUACCAUGACAGGAGAUUUUAUGUGUCUGACAUUGUGUCUGGGAAGGAAGGGCCAGACUUUAGACCCUUUGGAACCUGCUGUCGUAGGCCUUUUAAGGCUGCUUGAAUCUUACAGAUGUAAUGUAGACUUUGGCCCAGAAGUAAAGUUUGAAAAGUUCUGUAAAGCCAUUUUGUGUCAUUGACCAGUUGCAUCCCUGCUAUAAAAGCAAGCAGCAUGGUUGCUUGGGUGAUUAGAGGGUGUCUCAGCCCUGCAGCGAAAGCUCAGAGCUCAGCUGUCCAUCGAGCGAGCUGUCCUCUGAUUUUUUUCAAACUGUCUCCCAAGUUCCUGUGUAUUGUGUUUCUGGGACCUGCCCACAUCUCUGGGAUUUGAAUGGGCAUUGAGUCCCAGCAUACUGUCUUUUAAGUUUACAUUUAAUACGUUCUCUUCUCUGCUCCCUUUGACCUCUGGGAACUCCUCUGGCUUUUUAAGUUUGCUGCUGAGUGUUGUAAAUACAGCAGGCAGGUGAUCGUGCUGCAAGUUCUUUCUGGACCUCUGGCAAAGGAGUGAUCAGUGAAGGCCAGUGUCACCUUGAGCUCUGUGAGGCUAGGGUGCUCGCUGUCUGCUGAUCACAGCUCCCCAUUGUCACCUGAGUACUUUGCCAGUGCACUAAUCUUUUUGGAGAUAAAAUUCUCUAGUGUGUUACUAAAUGUUAAAAUUUUUUUUUAAAGAAUAUACAAUACCAUGACUGAAAUAUUAAUAUUUAAAAUACUUCAUUCCUUAAUUCUCCCUCAUUUGCUUUACCCACAGCCUAUUCAGUUCCUUUUUUUUUGGCAGAACUCUGCAAAAUGUGUUACCCACUACUGAGAUUGUUCAGCCCUGAUGUGUUUGUAUUGAUUUGUUUCUGGUGGUAGCUUGUCUUACGCUGUGUGUAGAAAACAGGUAUUUUAUGACAGAUUGUUAUGUAGUGCAUGCUCUGUGGAAUUCAGAGGGAAAUCCAGAUUCAGUGAUUAACAAUGCCAAAAAAAAAAAAAAAAAAAAAAAAAAAGAAAGAAAGAAAGAAAGAAAAAAAAGCAAGUAACUAGCCAUUGUUCAAAUGACAGCGGUGCUGUUUCUCCUCUGUGGCCUUUCAGACUUCUGUUGCCCCCAAAUUCCAUUUUAUUGGGAAACCAUUUUCCACCUGGUCUUUCUUGACAGGGUUUUUUUUCUACUUUAAACAGUUUUUAAAUAAAAGUCUGUAUUUCAA